AUGUCAGGUUGUAGCAUAGAGAGACCAAUGCAUCAGCCGAAUGCUUUCCUUAAUAUAAACGGCGAUCCUGUCGUUAUUAAUAUAAGCGGAACAGUGUAUCACCUCAAACGGGGAACAUUCCGUCGUCUUCCGCCUUCUUGCUUGGAAAAAGCCAUAAAGAUAGACAGUGGCGUUCAUGAAGAGUAUUACAUCGAGGGCCAUGCUCAGUGCUUUAGUGCCAUUUUGUGGUAUUUCACACAUGGGGAACUCCACAUGCCUACUUCAGUGUGUCCGGCUGUCUUCAGCAGGGAAUUACAGUUCUGGAAAAUUGAUCCUAAAAGGUUAUCUCGUUGUUGUAAUAUGAGGUUUAUAUCCUUCUUCUCGGAUCAGGCAUUGCUUAAGUCGAUGGAAGAAGUGGAAACAAAAAACGCCCUUAUAGACAAAGGCAUUCAUCUUAGUAACACAAAAUGGGAAAGGUUCAGAAAGAAAGUAUGGGACAUCUUAGACGAUCCGACAUCUUCUACAACAGCAAAGGUCUAUGUUGGCAUCUCAGCAUGUUUCAUCGUAAUUUCAAUAUUUGUGCUGUGUGCUAGUACACAUCCUGCUUUCCAGAGAGAACUGGAAAUUUCCGAGUGGAAAGAAUAUUACAAGAGCGAUGAAUCUCAAUCUCCAGAAACUUUAAGAAAUGAGCAACCUCCGGUUCGAGGGAAACGCGAAGGCAAUGACGCAGACUGUAUUCAGAACGACACAUUAUUGAGUGACCAAGCAACAAGUUUUAAUAAAUCCUUGCCAACGAAUUUGCAUUCUCGGUACCAUUUCCUGGACCUCGUAGACUAUGUCAUGGUGACCUACUUUUCACUUGAGUUUGGACUCCGGCUCCUCUUUUGUCCUGUUAAGAGACGUUUCUUUAAAUCUAUUUUGAAUAUUGUAGAUAUUGUUGCUCUAUCGUCCGAAUGUCUUAUCAUGAUAUUUGAAACCAUUUUUCCAAAGGAAAGAUUUACAAGUUUUUCUCUGCUUGAUAUUAUAGAAUGUAUACAAAUCGCUCGUGUUUUCCGACUAUUUCGUUUGAUCAAAAAUUUCAUAGGGUUUCGUGUACUUGUGUAUUCCGUAAAAGCCAGUUUCGCCAAUAUGAUGUUAAUGGUCUUCCUCUUGAUGGUGGCGGCACUCAUCUUUUCCACCUCUGUAUUUUACCUCGACCGUGAUCAAUUCCCAUCGAUACCAGACGCAAUUUGGUGGGCGAUAAUCACCAUGACUACCGUUGGUUAUGGCGACAUGCAUCCUGGGAAUAUGGCGGGUAAAAUCAUCGGCUGCCUUUGUGCAGUUUCGGGUGUUUUUGUAUUAGCUGUCCUUAUUCCCGUUCUUGUCACCAACUUUCUAUUGUUCAUUGGCUUCGCCCGGAUUCCUCAAAGGGAUAAAGACGGGCUGGCGUCUAUGGUGAGGAAGGAAUACGAAAUAAGAGAGUUCCAUAACACCAAGGCAAAGGUCAGAGUUCAAUUAUCUUGCCCAUAG